AACCCACAUUCCCCCCGUCACGUAAUGCCUGGCAGUCACCUGUUGGAGGCCUGUCCUAUGGGCGGGGGAGGAGCGGCGUACUCUGUCGUUAUAGUGGUUGCGUGAGGAGGAAUGGCGUUCAGUGCGAAUCGUAACACCUUAGAGGAAGGACGUCACUGGUGUUGCUUCUCUCCUGCACGGCGGCACUUGUUCAACCUACGAGAGACGGAACCCAAAGAAUUCUCAUCACUGAGCAACUGGCACCGAUGAUGAUAAGGAUGAUGAUCAAGACUGUGAUGGCAGUGGUGGUGGUGGUGACGGUAGUGAUGGUGCCGGAGGUCAGGACAGUGCAGGCUACAGCAGCAGACUCCUCGGAGCGCCAGCUGGGGGAGGCGGUGGGCCAGGUGGUGAGGGAGCACCUGGCGGGCUGUCACCUGGUCGUCGCAACCUGGCACAGACACUCACCUGUGCUUGAUUACGUACUCAGCUCCCUCGACCAUUUACAGCAACGGGCGAGAGUAAUCCUGGACGCAAACACACUACUAGGCUGGACCAAUGCUAUUAAUGCCACCACUAGUACUAUUACUGCUACGGGUGUUGGUAAAGGGAGGAAAGCUAUAGCUGCUAAUCUAUGGAGGAGAAUAAUGCAAGGAGACAAACUAACGUGUAGGGCUCUAAUUCUCGACUUAACAUCCUCCUCCUCCUCAUCCUCGUCCUCUUCUUCUUCUUCUCCUUCUUCUUCUUCUUCUUCUUCUUCUUCUUCUUCUUCUUCUUCUUCCGCCCUUGCCUCUAUAUCGUCACUGCCAACAAACAUCAGCUCCCCUUCCUCUUCCUCCUCCGCCUCCGCCUCCGUCACCAGGAUCGACAGACUAAUGUCGUUCCUCCGCCUGUACCUGUGGCCCGGGACCCGCGUGGUGGCGCUGGGUUCCCGCGAGGACGCCGACCACCUCCUGGCCAGCCACGCGCUCCGGAACACCGCUCACGCCCUCUACCUGGCCCACACGCCCUCCACGCCCGUCUGCCACAGAAGAACCCAGUGUGUCCUCCUGCUGUCCCGCUGCCUCUACUGCUCCCCCGGCGGUGUGCCCGGCGUGAGGGUGCUGGGGGCGCUAACGGCCGGCCAGCCCCUCCCCCCGGGCCUCCAGCUCUUCCCGGGCAGGUAUGAGGACAUGUCUGGCCAUCGCGUGGAGGUCGUGGCCAAGACGCUGUUCCCCUUCAUGGAGUUCAAGCGGCACAGCAGGACGCCCGGCGCCCCCGUCACGCCCCUCGACUGUCUGGACAUCAGGAUGCUCAACACUGUGGCGGACAUCCUCAACUUCACGUACGUGGUUCGCCCGCCUAAAGAUGAGCAAUGGGGGACGCAGGUGAACGGCUUGUGGACGGGUAUGGUGGGCACGCUGGAGGCUGAGGAGGCGGACGUGUCGAUGAUGCUCUUCUGGUCCUUCGCGCGUAAACAGGUCAUCGACUUCACGAGGAUCUACACCAAUGAGCCCUUCGUCAUGAUUACCCGCAAGCCUCGACCUCUCCCGCGGCAACUGGCUCUAGUGCGGCCCUUCAACGACACCGUGUGGUUGGCCCUCCUCUUCAUCACCAUAGUGGCCGGCGUCUUCCUGUGGGCGCUGCAGAAGGUGUGGGCGUGGUUCUCCGGGGACCUCUCACCUUCCCUCACUAACUCCCUUCUUCAGGCGUUUGGCAUACUGCUGGAGGACCCCGUGAUGAAGAUGCCCGACACUACCCAUGGGCAGAUGCUGGUGGGGUGGUGGUGGCUGUUCUGCAUCCUCAUGACCGCCUCCUACCGCUCCUCCCUCAUCGCCCACCUCUCCGUCCCCACCACGCCGCCGCCCAUCGACACCCUCAAGCAGCUCCUCAGAGUCCGGGGCGCCAGCUGGGGGAUCGAACCCGGCUUUGGACUCGGCUGGGACUGGUUCAAGCUUAACCUGAACCCCGAAGUGCAGAAUAUGUUCAAGACUCUACAGGUGCUGGACGUGGAGGAUCAGAUGCCACUCGUGCUGAAGGGCCGCCACGCUUUCUUCACCUGGAAGUACUACAUCAAGACGAUCGUUGCCUCUCAGUACACCACUCUGCAGGGCGUCACGCCGAUCCACAUGGGCAGAGAGGAGUUCGUGCCGGGCUCCACGGGCUGGGGCGUCAGGAAGGGGCUGCCGUUCCUGCCGCCGAUGGACAGGAUCCACGACAGCCUGGUGGAGGCGGGGCUGGUGGACCACUGGCUGAUCGAGCUCUUUGAGACGUCCAUGAAGAAGGCGAGGCUGGAGGCGGUGCUGAAGCGGGAAGCGGCGGGAGGGCGAGGAGAGAAGGAGGAGGAUUCGUUUCUGCUGGACAAGGAGGAGGCUUCAGGCGGCGGGCAGCAGAGAGCGUUAGUCUUGAGCAUCAACCACCUGCAGGGCGCCUUCUUCCUGCUGUUGCUGGGGGCGGGGAUUGCCCUCGUCUUCCUGCUGGGGGAGAACCUGCUGGCUUAUUCCUCCUUUCUGCUGCCGCUGUUCUCCCUCCAUCCCUCCUCCUCUUCUUCCUCUUCUUGAUCCAACGCCUCUUCCGACGUAAUUCACCGCCGCCAUCACCGCAACUGCUGACACUCGAUAUUCUUCUUAGCAGUUUUUCGUAAGGUUGCAACGAAACAAACACAUGUACAUACAUACGUGCCAGCGUUGCCAAAUUGUCGUACUCUGAACAUUGCAUUUAUCAUUUUUAGGCUUCUAGACCGUCGUAACCACACAAAUAACGAUAGAAAAUUAAAGUUAUAGUUGCAACGGUUAAAUAUUCAUGUUUUUAGUUUUUUUUGUUGAGUUAUCGGUCAGAAACUACGAAAAUGCAAUGCGAUGUGUACGAUAAUUUGGCAACGUUGAUACGUACACACAUACAUGCACACACACGAGUGGUUCAGGUAGUGACGUCACCAGUUUUGCCUUUUCCUCCGACCAAUCGUAUUGUUUUUUUUUCCGUUACGCUUCAUGUCUUAACCCGUCUGCUGCAAAUGGCACGGAUUUGGCUUUUACUGGUAGCCUGGUAAAGUACACUCCCAGGUCCUUUUCUGCCUCUGUGGUGGAUAGUGAAGUGUUUCCCAUGUGAUGUUGGUAUGCUGGAUAUCCCCUCCCAAGGUGCAUGACUUUACAUUUUUCUUCAUUGAAUUGUAGCAGCCACUUUUUGUUCCAUUCCUGUAGCUUGGUGAUGUUAUCUUGUAGGAAAUCCGUAGUCAAGGGGUUAAUCUUUCCAUCUGAUUAGUUUCCUCUUGAUGUGUUUGGAGACCAUAUUUUGUGUGUCUAUUUAGUUUUGUGUCUUUUGCUCUCUCUCUGUUUUCCCGUCGUUGUGCGAAAUAAUGAUAAAUAAAUGAAUAAAUAAUACCAGGGUACUAUUUACUAGACUCAUAUUGCGGGUAAAACAUGUGUCUCAGCUCUUGUACCUCGCACCAGACACAAGCUCGUUUUAUGUUUAUAUCGAUUGUUGAUCAUUUACGUCAAUUAAUCUUGUAAGAGUGGUCAUGAUAGUGUGUGUGUGUGUGUGUGUGUGUGUGUGUGUGUGUGUGUGUGUGUGUGUGUGUGUGUGUGUGUGUGUGUGUGUGUGAGUGUUCUAAGAUUUUAUAUUAGUUGAUGAGAGUAAAUUGUUAAAUAUUGCUUUGCGUAUUAUUUUGAUCGCAUAGAAAAUACAAAUUAUUGAUAAAACAAUACACACACACACACACACACACACACACACACACACACACACACACACACACACACACACACACACACACACACACACACUUCAUGUUCGCUCGGCUGUCCUGAGCAUACAAGCAGGUAUCAUGCAUG